CCUAGCGUCCCAGUGCAGGGCCGAGAAAGGGCUGCGAGGAGUGCGUAGUGGAGACCUUUGGUUCCUGCCACCUGCACUUGCACUGUCCAACUUGCAAUUGCACUACGGGGGUGGAACACUCUAGACGGGCUUGAGUGGAGAGAGCAACCCAGGGACCAGAGGUGGGAUGGAGCCUGGCUGGAUCCACGUGUUCCACAGAAGUGCGGGUCUGGCCGCGAGGAGUGGCCCGGGCUGGGACUCUUGUGUCGAGUUCGAACCUGGGACACGGCGCUUCCAGCCUGGGACCCGACAGUCCCGGAGAGUGUCCCCUAAAUUGGGCAAUUGGGGACUGGAGUACAAGAAAGGUCUCUUUUUUUCUCAGCGCCUCGGUUUCUCUGUAAUAUGCAAGGAAACACACUUGGGCCAUCUCUCAGGUCGCCAAGUUGCGAUGGGGCACAGAGCCACCCCGGUCCUCGGUCCCCGGGCAGGGGUUGUCCCGGGACGGCGGGGGAGAGUCUGCCGCGCGGGGACGCUCUCGCGGCGCCGCUCCGACCGGGAUUGCCCCGCCGCCCCGCCCUGGUGUGAUAACUUGGGCUCCUCCCCCUCGUCGUCCUCCUCCCCCUACCGGUCAUAUCUCCGGGAACGGAGCGCAAGCCCUGCCUCCCGGACACACGACGCUCACGUAGUCCGGUGGUGGCGGCCUCUCCUGCCACCUCCCUGCGGACUCUCCGAUGCAGCGAACCAGCUGGGAAGGGGGCUUCCCCACGGUCCAAAAGGGUUCUAGCCUGUUCCUCUAACCCAAUGAUGGCUGUGGACAUAGAGUGCAGGUACAGCUGCAUGGCCCCUUCCUUGCGCAGAGAGAGGUUCGCCUUCAAGGCUUCGCCAAAGCCAAGCAAACCACUGAGGCCUUGCAUUCAGCUGAGCAGCAAGGAUGAAGCCGGCGGAAUGGUGGCCCCCACCGUGCAGGAGAAGAAGGUGAAAAAGCGGGUGUCCUUCGCAGACAACCAAGGGCUGGCCCUGACAAUGGUCAAAGUGUUCUCGGAAUUCGAUGACCCAUUAGAUAUUCCGUUUAACAUCACUGAGCUCCUAGACAACAUUGUGAGUCUGACGACAGCAGAGAGCGAGAGCUUUGUUCUGGAUUUUUCACAGCCUUCCGCAGAUUACUUAGACUUUAGAAAUCGGCUUCAGACCGACCACGUAUGCCUUGAAAACUGUGUGCUGAAAGACAGAGCGAUUGCUGGCACAGUGAAAGUGCAGAACCUGGCGUUUGAGAAGACGGUGAAAAUACGGAUGACAUUUGACACUUGGAAAAGCUUCACAGACUUUCCCUGUUGGUAUGUGAAGGACACUUACGCUGGUUCAGACAGGGACACGUUCUCCUUUGACAUUAGCUUACCUGAGAAAGUUCAGUCUUACGAGAGAAUAGAGUUUGCUGUGUGCUUUGAGUGCCGCGGACAGACUUACUGGGACAGCAACAAAGGCAAAAACUAUAGGAUCAUCCGGGCUGAACUGAAAUCCUCUCAGGGAACAGCCGAGCCACAGAACGGACCAGAUUUUGGAAUAUCCUUUGACCAGUUUGGAAGCCCUCGGUGUUCCUACGGUCUGUUUCCAGAGUGGCCUAGUUAUUUAGGAUACGAAAAGCUAGGGCCCUACUACUAGUGACUGUGCGUGACAGAGCGCGGCUGAGUGGGUCCUGGGAAGUCUAGCUGCAGUCACAGGCAGGCGGAGACGGAGCCAGAGAGCAGCUGAACUGCCAUUAGGCACAGUUUUUGAAAAAGAAAGGAUCCUACUCACUUUUUUCUGAAGCCAGCAAAACCCAGCCAGGGUUAGAUCUCACGACUGGUUUCACACGCCAGGGUAGAUGCGGGGUGCUGGUCUGCUCGGCACCUGCGGCGGCCUCGAGGGUCGGAGCAGGAGACCAGUGUGGGAAGGGCCUGGGCGGGAACCAGCCUUGCGGGCAGUGCUGGAGAAGCUGGAGGGCAGUGGCUUCGAAAUGAUGCAACCAGGAGCGUGAUCCGGCUGCCUGGAGGGGCCGCGCCUCCCUCCCCGGGAUGUGGAAAAUCAGUCACCUGAAAGUCACUCCGUGCCCAGUCACCUCCCAUUGGACCCUUGCGGCUCAUCUUUGUGCGCUGUCUGCCCAGCCGGGUCGCCCCCCUACCCCCCACCCCUUGCUGCUGCUGUUCCGGGUCUCCACGUACUUCACGCUUUAUCUCUGUGCUCUUUUUUUUUUUUUUUUUUUUUUUGCAUUUUAUUUUCGUCCACAGCUCAUCUGAUGCCGAGGAAAAGAUAAGCAAGGCAAAUUAGCCUGUGCCGAAGACAGGCAUUUCCUCUUUCUGACCCCACAGAGCGUCCAGCAGAGAACGAUGCCCCAGUUAGCAAAAGUAACUGGCUCCAGUGCCGGGUUACAGACUGACAGGCAGGACAGUCUGGGUGGGACACGGGUAGCAUGUCCGCUUGGCGUCUGGGGGAGCUUUCGAAGUACUCGCUCCUGAGUCACCAGACGGCUCCGUUACAGGAUUUGUUUGAACUCGCUCGCUGGUUUGCAGGCACCCCAUUCUUCACAAAGGGAUUUGAGACUCUCCUUUCCUCGAGAGCCCUCCUUCCUGCCGUGUUCAGGACAUUGUGAUUUGCAGAUCCCAUCUAUCCUCAAAGCCUUCAGUGAGUGUUUGGUCUAAGGCUGACCGUGAUCUGCGACACCCAGGCCUCUUUCCGAGCACGCAGGGACUGUGACCUGGGGCUUCUUAUUUAUGGAGUGCAAGUGCAUAAAGGGAUCAGGGAGAAAAACCUCACCAAGUUCUCACAUUUUAUUUUCCAUGUUUGGCGACUCUGAAAUAUCAGAGGUUACUUGUUCUUAACCAUAUUGGACUAAUGCAUUAAAAGUUGUCGGUUCAUACUGAUGUGAGACUCCUGGGACUUUCAUUGACAGAUGGAUCCCCAGAGCCUGUGAGUUUUCUUGGGCAAGAUUGGCUUGUACUUGGGGGUGUUUAAAAAAUAUUUUUACAUAUGUAUUUGAAGAAGGUUGGGUUUUUUUUUUCUGUUUUGCUUUUGUUUUUGGAGCUUAGUUAAAUGGCUGUCUCGUUUUCCUUUUGCCUGAUCUGCGUAAAGUGAGGCAGAAAGAGGGGUGCACAGCUGCCUGGACACGGAGGCACAGCUACUGGCAUUGGCAAGCGAGGAGUCGCUUUGGCUUGCGUGUUCCAGACCGAUUAGAAAAAAACCUCCUGGCUUCUGUGGCUUUGUCCAUUGGUGCCAGGCAGGUAUGGAGGGUCCAGGCUCCUAGAGUUUUGUGGUUGGGUUUUGUUUUUGUUUUUGUUCUUUUCUUUCUUUUUUGAACUUUAACAUAUUUCGACUUUUUAAAUGUUCUUAAGCGGUGUGGUGGUUGAUGUUAGUUCUUGUUCCUAAAACUGGCUGUUACUAGUCUGCGACCUAGUGCUUUAUUGCUUAUGCCUCUCCCAGGUGGGUAGGACUCGGGGAAUGCGUAACACAAUAUAUGGGACAGUCACAUUUUUGUCUUGUGCUGAACUUGGGCAGAACUGUGUUUUAUUCUAAGCAUAUCUUACAUCAGGCACACAGACGGCACUUUUGUUGUUACGGAUCUGGCGACCAGCACGAUUGAUAGUGCAAAUCAAAGUCGAAUAGAAGCAAAACUGAUUUCAUAGAGGUCGGGAAUAUAUUUUAAGAAGUCCUGGGCCACCUCUGUCCAGUCAAGAAAGGUACAGGGUGCACUGUCAUUUACAUGUUACCAGACUAAAGGUAACGAGAUCACUCUCUAUGCAAAAGAAAAAUGCCUCAGGUGGCUCCCGUUCGUUUUUUCAGUAAUGGUGAUCUUCAGACAUUCCGGGGUCAAAUUUGAAAUAUGGUAAUUCAGUGAUCAGUAUCUCUUAAAACAGCCAUAAGCCCUCCCCCCACCAUUCCUUCCUGGCAGCUCACCCCAGCUUUGUGGCUGGGGGCACUGGUUGCAACCCCCCCCCAGCCAGUACACCUGGGAUGCUCAGCCUCCCAGGCAAGUCGUCACCUGCUUGCAAAGACCCUCCCCUGACGAGAGAAUGCAGUUCCCUGUCAGUCAUUUCGCUGAGCAAGGGGCCUCUGAACAGUUGUACUGUCUUUAUUCAGCUGUCAGUCCAUCUCCCUUUGGCCCAGUUCUGUCCCAGGAUAUCCACAGAUGGCCCCGGGACCUGCUUCAACAGAACCUCUCCUUCUUUCAGAGCUCACCAUCAGUAAAUAGGUCCACACACAGUGACAAGUUUCUUAGUUGGAGACGUCAUUGCAGCCUGACUUGGGGGUUUGACCCUCAGACAGCUGUCGGUUAUGGUGACCAACGUCCCCCGGCCCCAGUGCCCUUCCCAAGGUUGUCCUCAAAGGACCAGCCUCCCGCCCAGAAAUGGAGAACCAGCUCCGUUUCGUUUCCUAUUUAUUUCCCAAAUACCCUGGGAAGCAUUGGCAAAUUAGGUGCAAUAAAUAAGCUGGACUAUAGAAAGAUACGUAAUAAAUAAGCUUUCAGUGUUUCUUGGAAGGUAUGGAGCAUUUGAAUGGGUUUCUUUUCUCUUUCUUUUUUUAAGUAUUCUUAUGGUAGGGGAACUGGUGAGAAAUAAGGGGAGUUUACGUAGUUCUCCAGAAAUUAAAACCAUUUCAGAGUCAAGGUAGAAUUUAUUUUUCCUCUAAGAUUUAAUUUUAACUGUGGCAAAACAUUACUCUUUUCAACGUUUUUUUAAAGGUGUAAAUUGUGAACUGCUAAAAGAAUGUUUUUGUGGUUUUGAUCCUUGCAUAUAAUUUGCAUUUUAAAAACAAGCAUUGCUUGUAGUCACUUGGAUGUUAAAUGGGUUGUAUAUUAUGUUUAUAAACCAAAAAAGUGUCAGCUCAUUUUUUAAAAGUGCCCUGUUUUCUGGGCUCUUCCCUCUCUGUGAAGUGAACAAAAACCUUGAGUGUCGUCCACCUGUUUCCUCCUGUAAAAUUCCUCCCCUGGAUGUGUGGCCCUCUGCUCUGGGAGGCGCCCAUCACUGAUACUGGGAGUAAAAAGUCAUGAGCAUAAUGGGACCUUACAGGGUCCUGGGAGACCUUCUGGCAGGUUCUGUGCACUUCCUGACCGGGAAGUUCGGCUGUGGUUACACGCGCCUUUGCCUUGCCAUGGUCGUCAAGCUCGUCGGCCCAAGUUGUAAAGCCGUGAAUGUUUUUGCAGUUUGGGUGAUCUGAUCCCAGAGACCUCUGGACCCGUGAGGACCCCCAGGAGGGCAGCUGCGAUGACUGUGGCUCACUUUUACUUCAGUGUGAAUGUAAAACGGAAGGCUUGUCUUCAUCCGAUGCCUAAAAGUGCCUUGUCGUGAAACGUCUGCAUGUUUUAAAAAAAUAAAUAUUUUUGUACACAAAGUUAAAGGGGGGAUGCACUUUAAAAUCACAAGAAUGGGUGUCUUUUGUGUGGUGUAAGAGAGUAGGUUGUCUGUAUCUCAAAUGCGAAAAUAUAAUAAAGGUAGAAAAAACAAAA